AUGGGUCAUAGGUGGAAGCGGUGGUACGCAUCGGCCUCGGCUGAGCCAGAGAUUGAUCUAUUAUCAGCCGUGUUUGGGCUACCUUCGCGGAGGGAUCUCAAGCGUGCCUCUGAAACGACCAGGCGAAAGCACUCACCUCGCUACGACUCGGGCUCUGAUGCCACGAAGAACGAUGAUGAUGGUGAUGAUGAUCAGAAUGAACAGUCCGAUGAUAGCUCCGACCAACCAUCCAUACACGACACCACUAGGAGAUCCGAUGACCUGAAACUGAGGCAUUCAGCCACGUCGAUCCGCAAGUCGAUGUCUAAGAAGAGACAGCACACCCACAGCCGAAGUUCAUCUGCAAAAUCUCAACGGAGCACUUUGUCCAAGAAGACCAAGUGUUCCAGCGAGCUCAAAAACAAGACUAGGACUUGUAAGCGGCCUUCUGCCAGCUCGAUACGCAGAGACGAAGAAUCUAGUUCUGCUUCAGUAUCUCCUUCGGCACGUUUUUCGACGGCGAAUGUGUUGCAAAAGAGUCAGGAAACAGUCCCUUCCCCCGGCUUGUUCAGUUCAAACAUUCAACGCCAUGUAGCCAACGAUACAUCUCGAUCGACAUUUCCAUAUAUGCUGCAACCCAUUCCGACUUUCCUACCGCAUUAUGCACCAGCCUAUCUUGUCCACUCGGGGAAAUAUCCCCAAGAAACUCAAACUUCGGAGUGGAAUCGAGCAUCAACAUCCUUUUCUAUAGGUUCUAAUUUCCAGAAUCUUCAGAGGCUUCAACUACUGUUGGACCGUCUUCACCGAGAGCUUCUGAAACAGCCUACAGAUUCGCAGCUUCACAACGACUAUCAAAGUGCCCAGAACCAGCUCAAUAGUCUUUUGGACUCAAUGGUGGCACGCAAGUCAAACGGCAUGAAGCAGACCUCAUUGGAUAAGGCAAAAACACCUGCUGAGACAUUGAAGUCUAGAGAACCACUUGUGGACAAGGAGAAUGUGGCCCCAGCCUCAAUCUACGAUGAAGCCGCAGUAGAGUCCUACAUUCCUUCUGAACAUCAUGACUGCAGAGAUCGAACCUUUUCUAUUGCCCAUUUGAGGGAGAAAAGUCCAUCCCGUACCAUACGUCACCAUUUGUGUUCCGGCUGUGGCAGCGUUCGAUCCCAAAAGUUUCAUGAAAAACACCCCAUUGGCACCUGGCAUAAACCUGUCUUGAAUUUUUGCUCAUUUUGUCGAGAAAAAUUACUUAAAAAAGGACGGAUUGAAAAGUAUCAUUUUUGCUUUGGUUGCGGAAAGGUUCGGUCGAAGGCUUUCCAGAAGAAGUACAAACCCAAACCGGGGCAUGCGCUUCUCCCCAACUACUGCGGAAACUGUACUGCCGAAGUAAGGGUGAACGAGGAAUUGAACGAGAUGUCAGUUCUCGAAUCUACGACAGCACACUCGAUCAGCCCACCAGAGCAGGGCUGUAGUAUUGCAGAUACGGGCUCCUCCAACUUGCCUGGCUUAUUCAGAGAUGGCUUGCCGUCACAUUGCGAUUCAGACUUACCGAUCGAGGAAUUCGGCGCCAAAACAUCGAGGUCAAGAAAUGAAGCGAGGCUUCGCCUCGACCAUGUAUCAGCUGAAAACACUUCAUCGGUUCCAGUCAGCCCUGCUGAGUCGUCGCCCUUUUAUCCCGGACGUAGACUAGGCUCGGCCCAGCGUCGUGCACAGAGAGAAGUGGCGAAAAAUUUCAAAGAGUACCAAAAGAAACCCCGUGACUCACUGAACCAGGGAGGAUAUCAUGCUCCGUAUGUUGAGGAAGAAGACUCUGUUUCUGAACAGAGGAUGUCUCUCUCAAACUACGGAAGCACCGUCGAAAGUUCAAAUAAUGGGGGCUUUUCGGAGGAACGCCAGAAAAAUAAGGAGUGUCAGGGGAGCAAAAGAAGAAGUUCCGGGACGGAGGGACAGAAUUGGAGUCCGGAUUUCAUAUACGAACGUGCUGCUCCUUUACAAUCCACCAAUUCCUCGAGUGAGAGAACCCUGCGAUACCAUCACCUUGACAACCGCGGACAACAUCGUGAGAAGAUAACAGAGGAUCCCCGGCAUAAUCGACAAGAUUUCCCUCGGCCAGACUCCUUUUGUGAACCUUCCAGGUUCCCAACGGGCGUCUUCGGCAAGAGCAACAAGGAGGGUGAAGAUGGUCCCGGCCAGGGUCCGAGGCGAAAGUCGCCGCUUGGCAACGGUGAAUGGUCCCAUUACUCAACAAUCAGUAACAAGCAAGAAGAUAGGACUGGAAAUCGUACCAAACAGCCUGAUCCGCCCGCAUUUCGAAGUUCCCGAGGGGCUUUUGGGCCAGGCUACAGCCCAAAACAGCCUCACUUCACUAUGGAUCAACACGACCAGGCACGUUGUAGUCGGUCAGGAAUUCGAAGCCCAAACGCACAAGAGGACAUGCCAGCCGGCCACAGAAACCCAAGCAGCCCUUCCUUGUCCGGUUCAAACGCCGGCAAGCCCCCAAACAAGUUCAAUUCGCACACCCCCAACGAAACAGCAUACGCCCGCUCAGUAUUCACAGAUUACUCCCGAUCUACCGACAAUCCAUACUACAAGCCCCGAGCUCGGCCAUUCCGCAAUGCCGCCAACAGCGACUUUUGCGACACUUGGGACUGGAGGAGCAACAGGGGGCGGAAUACUCAGAAUAAUCAAAGACCUGGCGACGGCCCCUUUGACGGCCAUGUACCGGAACCCAUCAUUGAGGAGCCAGUCUCGCCGUCUUCCUCACCUGUCCAGCCAACAAAGCUACUCGGUCAGUAUCUCUACCUCCUUGCCCCGAACAGCCAUCCAACCAGUCUCUUAGAGUUUCACAUUCCAAACGACGAGUCAUCGGGCGACCCAGAUUCCGAAGAUGGUGAUUGCUCAGCAGAAAGUAUCGCUUUGAACUCUACUGUAUCGUCUUUGCAAGCCGCCGGGCCCAUGAGCGCGACUGCGCAGUGA